AUGCUUGGAGUCUUGUUUGGAAUAUGUUCUUCUGUUUCUACGGCUUUACAUGCUAUCGUUAUAAAAAAGAGUUUAGAUGUUGUUAAAGGCGAUACUAUGGAAUUGGUUUAUUAUAACAAUCUUUUGAGUGCUAUCGCAUUUACUCCUGUAAUCUUACUAGCAGGAGAACAAAAAGAUGUUUUCGCGUUAUUUUUUGGCUCGGAUCCUACCGCUUUAUCUGAUAGUAAAGAUCGAGAAAGCAAAAAAAUGAGGGAAAUAGAUGCUUCUGAAGUAUUAGAAAAAGGAGAAUUGAUAAACCAUGAUAAUCUCGAGGGCGAAAAUAAUGAGAAAGAAAAUGUGUAA